UGACGACGUCGUUUAGUUACUUUGUUCUGUUCGUAUUAUCACCCGCAGUUGCCACUGUGUGCUCUUUGGAAUCUGGAUCCAACUAUCUGUGUGCUCUUCUUCGUCUGUCAUGGCUGGAUCUGGGAGUUCGAUGCUAUAUUCAUUUCUUCUAUUCAUCGCGACACUCUCUCUGCAGGAAGCGUAUAGAGGAAAGUUAGCAUCUUCAGAAUUGUAUACCAUCCUUGGUGGAUUCACUAGUUCUCUCAUAUUCAUUUUGUUGUUAACGUUCAUCGGAAACUAUCAAGAAACAUCUGGUGUAAGGACUGGAUGGGGUGCAGUUAUUCUUGCUGAGGUAGUAGCUCUUAUUGCUGCUAGCACUGUUCAUCGAGUUAGCAUCACGACAUGCUUCUUGUUCUCAGCCGCGUUGCUGUAUGAGGUCAACAAGCUCUCAGGAGUGAUAGUUUCUAGAAGUGAAUCUAGAGGCAAAAGGUACUAAUGUACCCUUUCGCCUUUCAAGGCCGGGAUGGUUGGAACCAUUUGCUUUACCUUUGUACUUUUCGUAGUAAUGUUAUGAGAGGUGAGGCAAAUUUUACCAGAACUUGCAGAACGAUAUUUUAAACGAAAUCAUGAGCGAGUUUAUAUCACUACGUUUUUGGUUAAUUUUAGGUUUACUUAACUUGAAUGUUUUGAUAGAUUGUUUAACAACAUAAAGUAUGAUAGUUUUGUGGUGGAAAUUCCUAAAGUAUUCCUA